GGUUUUUGCGUAUGUAUCCUUGUAGUGUAACUGGCAGGUCCAGAGCAGCUUUUCUGAAGGUACCUCUCUGACGACAGAUUAUAACAAGGACAUCUACAUUACUCAAUUAGUAUAUCGACUGGAAAGUCUACACAUGUCUGCGAUAGUGAACACACAACAGCCAUCUUUAGCAGCCUGCAUUUCUAAUGCUCAUACAGCACAGGAACCAACCACCUGUUGCAGCCAAACAAAAUCAUCCGAAGUCUCGAAAAAACAUCAUAAAACCCCGUUGAGGAUGCUGUCACACAGAUGGCAGAGGCUCGGUCUUCAGCCCCCAGGCCUCUGGGAGACACAAGACGACAUUGCUGAACAUACAGAAAGCAGGCCAGCACUGGAAAUCCACCCAAUAAAGGUCAACAGCAUGGUUUCUCCAAACAGUGAAAGUCCAGAUGGGAGCAAGGCAAUCAUCGGUUCUGUUUGUAGCAGUAAUAAACAUCUUGAAGGAAAUGCAUCUGCACAGUCAGUAGAGUGUGAAAACAGUGACCUCUCUGACCAAGAGAAAGACAGUAUUCCUUUAAUAAAAUGGGAUACUCCUGUAGAAUUGUAUCUGAGGCCGGACUCAUUUGAUAGAGAUCUAGAACCAAUAGAGGCUGGAGUAAGAGAGCAAGUGUAUCCUGAAGUUCUCCCGUUUUCACUUAAAGAUCUUGAAUUAAGUCAGUUGAUAUCCGAGGCAGAGGAUUUAGAGAGCCAGCAAAGCCUGUGCUCAACAGACCCUUGUGUCGCAGCUUUGGCAGCCCGUAUGAUAAAGCUGGAGAAACUCCAGACUGUAACCAUACAGAAAGAACAAGGAAAAGCAGUUGGGUCUCGUCCAGCAACCUCUUCAGUGAAAAGUGGCAAUCGUGUGAAGCAGCUGCAAAACCCUGGUUCUCAGGCAGUUCUAGAGGAAAUAACAAAGCUCACGCUUUCUUCAAACUCACAUUUGAAGUCUAUGAACAGUAAUCAACUCUCGCCAAACUCUGGGAAGGUGUGGAUUGGAUUUCAGCAACCACUAGCAUUAGCUAAGAAGCCAAACUCUGGUGUGGUCAGAGUAAAGAAGACUGAAGCCAUUGUUCAAGAUGAUGUUGUUCAUGUAAACAAGUCACCAAAAUGCAAUAGUCCAGAAAAUUCCAAGGGAUACAAACCCACAAAGAAAGCCAUACCAAAGUCUCAGAAGACUUCCUCUGAAAGGAGUAGCGCUCCUGCUAAAGCUCCAUUCAGGAAAACCUAAUAUAAUUAUUUUUAAUGGUUUUAACCAGGAAGACUGACAGUGUGUUAUUAACCGUACAUGUUACUGUAUUUAAUUGAAUGAAGUUGAGCUCUUUCAACAACG